ACAAGUUCGAUUGAUAUCGAUAUAUCCGUGUUGGCAAAUUCUCCAAGAAGCCAAAAAGGAAGAGAGGAAUCAAAAUCGAAGUCGAAGGUGUAACCAACCUGAACAGAUUCCCUUUCCUUCUACUAUCUAAUUCUAAUCUAUCAUCAUCACCUCAUCCUCACCGCAUGCUCUCUCCACUCUCACACACCUGAUUCCUUCUUCUCUACCUUCUUCAUUUCCCCUCAAUUCACCCUUUUCGUCUCAAUAUCUUCAACCAUGAACGAUUUCGAUGGCCUUUUGGCUUCCGAUUUCGCUCUCAAACCUCAAGGUAAAUCCGCUCCAAUGGCUCCACCACCUAAAGGAUCUUCCAAUCUCCCUAACUCAACUUCUCUCAACUUCGAUUUCGGAUCGCGAUCCGCUCGCAACUCCGAUUCGCUAUUCGGAUCCUCCACCUCCCGUCACAACCGCGAUGCCGGAAGCUUCGACGAUCUCUUCACCGCCGGAUCCAAAUCUCGUGGAGCAGACGCACCGUUCGAUUUGGACUCCAUGUUUCCAGGAUCCAGCAACGAUUUCGCUUCCAGGUCAGGAAACUCUUCGCCGCCGCCGGUGUACGAUAAACCUGUCUAUGAUGACGAUGUUUUCGACGGCGUGCCUGGGUUGAAGAGUACGGCGAAGGUUAAUUUUGAUAAUGUUUUUGCUUCGACGAAAACGGAAAGUGGCGCGUUUGAUGAUCUUCUUGGUGGAUUUGGUAAGGAAUCGAAGGGUUCCGGCAGGAAGGGAUCGGAGAAAGAUGAUAAAGGUGUUUCUGAUUUUGAUGAUUUAUUAGCUGGAUUCGGAAGUAGUAGAGCACCGUCUAGUGACAGGCAUGCUCCUGAUAUUGGUUUGUCCACAGAACCAACUGUCAGUGCAUCUAAAACAACCUCCACUGCAGCAGAAGACCCUUUCAAAGUAUUUGAAUCUACUUCAGCCCCAAUGGAUUCAUCCACAGGAAACUUUACAGAUCCACUGGAAGAAAUUAGUAAAUUUAGUAGUUCUAGAAGCACAAAGAAUAAUAGUUCGUCAACUUCAAAUGGCAGAGUAUAUGAAGACAUUGACCCUUUUGAUGGGCUUGGAAAAUCUGUACCAGCAUUCUCAUCCGAGAGAAAUAGCAGUAAGGGUAACACUUCUCCAGGGUUGAACACAAGCACAAGUUGGACUAGAGAUAAAGAACCAGUUGAUAAGUUGUCUGGGAUGAGUCCUGAGAGGCACUCACAAAAAGACAUUCCUGUUGAAAGUGACCAGGAUUUUCUGCAGCCCCCAUUUUACAUGCCUACAUUUUCAUCUGAUUCUAAUAAACCAGUUGGCCAAAGGUCUACUUCCCCUCCAAAUAGUAAUACUGGUUUUGGACAAGCCAAUAUUCAGGUAGAUAUGUCUCCGAAAUACGAAGAAAACUUUGAAUCAUGUGAGGAUGUAUGGCUGACUGUGUCAGAGAUUCCUCUUUUUACACAACCAACUACUGCUCCACCGCCUUCAAGACCCCCUCCUCCACGGCCAGUUCAUAUUCCCAAGUCAGGAACAGGUUCGUCGGCUUCUGCCAAUGCUAGAAAGAAGGCUAAUGAGUUUUCUUCUUUCCCAAGUUCCACUCGAUUCUCUCAGGGUCCUAAGUCUGCUCCAGCUGCAGCAGCGGUAUCCCCAACAUCUCAGUUUGAUGAACUUGAUGACUUUGCCAUGGGCGGUGGUCAUGGUAAUGAUGUUGAGAGUGGAAAUGGUCUUCCCGAUGAUGAGUUGGAGAUGAACACGGCUGCUGCGGCCAUGAAGGAAGCAAUGGAUAGGGCUGAGGCUAAGUUCAGGCAUGCAAAGGAAGUUAGGGAGAGAGAGUAUACAAAGGCUGCUAAAAGCAAAGAAGGUGGGCAAUUGGAAAAAGAUGACAGAGCUAUACAAGAAGAGAAAGAAAAACAGGAAAGAUUAGAACGUGACCGGCAGCAAAAGGAGAAGGAGGAAAAGGAGCAAAGAAGAUUAAUGAAAGAAAGGGAGGAGAGAGAAAAGGCUAGACAGGCUGUAGAAAGAGCUACAAGAGAAGCUCGUGAAAGAGCAGCUGUUGAAGCACGCCAGAGAGCUGAGAGGGCUGCGGUUGGGAAAGUUAAUGCUGAAGCUCGAGAGCGAGCUGAAAGAGCUGCAGUGCAAAGGGCACAUGCUGAAGCCCGAGAAAGGGCUGCUGCAGAAGCAAAGGGAAGAGCUGAAAAAGCUGCUGCGGAGGCGAAAGCUGCGAGGGCUGAAGCUGAAGCACGAGUUAAAUCCGAACGUGCUGCAGAAAGGGCUGCUGCCGAGGCCCGGGAGAGGGCUGCGGCUGCUGCAAGGAUGAACCAACAGAAGAAUGAAAAUGAUCUUGAAUCCUUCUUUGGCAUGGGUUCACGACCCAACAGUGCUCCAAGGCCUCCUAGGGCUAACGCUUCUGAAUUUGAAACCCAAUUUCAGUCGGAUGCAACAAGAAAAUCUACAAGUGUAUCUUCAAAUAUGAAGAAAGCAUCAUCAUCGACUAAUAUAGUUGAUGAUCUUACCUCAAUCUUUGGAGCCGCCCCAUCAUCAUCUGGAGAGUUUCAGGAAGUUGAAGGGGAAAGUGAAGAAAGACGAAAAGCCAGGUUGGAACGCCACCAGAGGUCUCAGGAGCGUGUGGCAAAAGCUCUGGCUGAGAAGAAUCAGCGGGACUUGCAAACUCAAAGAGAGCAAGCUGAGAGAAAUAGGCUUGCUGAAACACUGGAUUUUGAAAUUAAGCGGUGGGCUGCAGGAAAAGAUGGGAACUUACGAGCUUUACUCUCCACCUUACAAUAUGUACUGUGGCCUGAAUGUGGUUGGCAGCCAGUUGGUUUGACUGAUUUGAUUACAGCUGCUGCUGUUAAAAAAGCUUAUAGGAAAGCUACGUUGUGUAUCCAUCCUGAUAAAGUACAGCAGAAGGGUGCCACUCUUCAGCAGAAAUAUAUUGCAGAAAAGGUCUUUGACCUACUCAAGGAAGCAUGGAAUAAAUUCAAUUCUGAGGAGCUGUUCUAAUCUUUCAUGAACUGAUAUACUUCGAGGUAAUUUGUUUGAUGGUUCUGUUCAGAGGAGACCACAACCCUGUUUCUUCUGCCUGCCUCCCCAAUUGCAUAAUUGUUUUGAUUGAAGUUAUAGUGCGUUGUUGGUAACAUAUUGCUUCUCCUUCUGGCUUUCUUGGGUGUCAUUGAUGUUCUUCCUGAGGGUUGUUGUGUUUCUACAGAUGUUUUAUAAAUGUAGCAUGUUUUGUUGAUGUAAAAUAUCUUUUUGUGCUAUCAAUUUUAUUAUUCAUUAUCCUUGUCUAGUGAGGGCUCACAAGCCGACAAGCGAUCCAUUUGAUUUUUCUUCUCUUAAUUUUGGUUCAAGAGAGGGGCCAUGAUGUGGUACUGGGAUGCCCUCCUUUUCUACUUGUGAUAUAUAGCACGAUGUCUUGAAUAUAUUCCAUCCUGUUGAUUUACCUCAAAACUGAUAAUUAAUUAUACAUGAAUCUUCGUCCUCAA